UGGCCUGGGUUGCACGUCAUCUCAUCAACGUAUGCCUUCGACCCACCGGAAUCAAUGCCCAUUCUAACGUGCGGUCUGGCCUUCACCAUCUGCCAAUGGCAAAAUUGCCGCACCUCAUCCGUAUUCUGUGUAUAGAGCUGAGAGGCUUGACAUGCGAGUCUUGGAGGCAACAUGCUAGUCGCGAUGGGCUGGGAGCGCUCAAUUCCAGCGCUCGGUCGAAAAUCCUGUGUCCCAAUCCCUGCCUGCACAUCCCUCUUUCACCCUGAUCCUGAACCUCCCAUUUCCUGGAAUAUGUUGCCUGCAUUCCACAUUCACAUUGAUAACUUCAAGCCAUUGGUGCCCUCUCUUCCCAAACCAUAUCCAGCUCCCAAAUCCCACCGCACACACUGCUCACGCAAUAAGUCUUCUGCCCUUAAGUUUUGUGAUGAACCCCGACCCCGAACUUUGCCAAUGCCCAAACAUCAGCUCCCGGCGCGGCCGCCAGUCGAUGCUUGCGUAAAUAUGAGUGCAAAAAUCCCCUCAUACAUAUCCUCGGGCCCCCAAAUUCAACCGCCGCAGUGAUCUAUGUCGUCAUCCCACACGCCACCCGAUGUACGAUCCCCGGAGAAGGCCGAGCGAUCUCUGGGAGACCACGCAGGUCACGUGCCAGAUUCAGUCACAUUGCGGGACGGUCAAGAUGCCAGCAAUAGUCCCAAGUGACGCGCCCGCCCUUCAAGUGGCCGCCUCACCCCCCAGCA